GAAGGAGAAAGGAGACAGGCAGACGGAGCGCAGACCUCAGACCAGCUCUCCUCACCUCGGCCCACUUCCCUGCCUUUCCAGCCCGGUUCCCGCGGACAAAUCUGACCGCGGAUCAGUUCUCGCCACACUACGAGUUUACGCCAACCAGGACUGAGAGCAGAGGAAACCGUGUUCGUCUGCAGCCAAGGCGCUUCCACCAGGGCAGAGCACACGGCGAGGGAGCGGACGGUGUUAUCAGACGAAGAGGGACUGGAAGCAGUGGGAAGCAAUGUGGAAGUGAGGCUUUAAUGCAAAUAUACAGUUUAGGUUAGCAGAGAGACGUCGGCUGGCACCGCGCGGGGAGAACGAGAGAGGAGUGUUAACGUGAAGCCAAUUAUUUCCUACGCUUUCUAUUAUUGGCAGUGGGAGCAGUGUUUUCUCCCCGAGCUACAUUUAUGAACAGAGCUAGCGGAAUGUAACGUUAGCGGGCGAGCUAAUGUUAGCAGGCUAAUUAGCUUGUCAGGCAUCCAGGAGUCGGACGUGUGAUCUUUAUUGAAAUAGGUCAGUGUUCGGUGACUGGCUUCACUUUUUAGGCAAAAGGCUGAACUUAAUGUGUUUCGUGCGGAGUCCUGGUGUAGUCGUAAUGCUAUGCGACGAAUAACCGACGCUAAUUUAGACAAUAAACAGCGCGUGUUGCCUGCAUUGAUGUAAAUCUGUUCAGUAUUUUUACGUCUACGCGUCUUGGGGGAAAAGCCACAUCCAUUGUGAACAUCGAACGAGAGGGAACGAAGGCAGAUAUAUCACACACACUUUUGACUGGAGACUGUCUGCCGUCCAAUGUUAAUGUCGACCGACGUUGCAUCUAUAAUGCUACCCGUUAGUCGGGGAAUAAUGGACCGGGAAAGAGACAUUGACACGGCGGCUGGAGCCCUUGCGAACGCGCCUGGGGGUCCAGCAGCUGUCCGUGGUAUGAAGCGAGGAGACCCGGAGCCCGACGCCCAGACAGCCGCUGCCCUGACUGACUUAGCCGGGGCGGAGUGCAAGAGACCAAGGAUAGACGGGACCGGGAGUGUUAUUGGUGACAUUGGACAGAACAAUGAGCCUUUAAACCCUGGUUUCCAUGGAUACGCACCUCACAGCCAGGGCUCUCAGGAUUCGACAGCAGGACAGGAGGGUCUGGUGGCCCCGCCCUUUGCAGCAUUCCCCCCUCCACCCCCACCUCAGAACGGGCUCGCAGGGUCAGAGUUUGGCCCCGGGGCCAUGUUUGGUGCUGGGGGCCAAGGAGCAGCAGAGGUAGUGGCUGGCGGUAAUGGAGGCACCGCCGCUACCACCACAAACGGCAACAACAGCGGAAAAACAGAUGAAACAUCCCCGGGUGAGGUGGGUGUACAGUGUGGAACAGGAGGCGCAGGAGCAGGAGGCUCUGCAGGAGACUCCGCGGAGGCCAAAGGGACCCCCAAACGCCUCCAUGUCUCCAACAUCCCCUUCCGCUUCCGGGAUCCAGAUCUCAGGCAGAUGUUUGGGCAAUACGGGAAGAUUCUGGAUGUAGAGAUUAUUUUCAAUGAGAGGGGUUCAAAGGGAUUUGGCUUUGUGACGUUUGAGACCAGCGCAGAUGCAGAGAAAGCCAGAGAAAAGCUCCAUGGCACAUUGGUGGAAGGUCGGAAGAUUGAGGUGAAUAACGCCACCGCCCGGGUGAUGACUAACAAGAAAAUUGUCAGCCCGUACCCUAACGGAGAGGCUCUUAGCACUCUGCCUUAUGCAGGGUGGAAAUUGAGUCCCAUGAUGGGGGCUGUGUAUGGCCCAGAGCUGUAUGCAGUCCCAGGGUUUCCCUACCAAUCAGCAGCAGCGGCAGCCACAACAGCAGCAGCAGCAGCGUUUCGGGGUGCUCACCUCAGAGGCAGAGGUCGUCCCGUUUACAGCGCUGUGCGAGCCGCUGUGCCUCAGCCUGCUAUUCCUACUUACCCUGGACUAGUGUUUCAGGACUCAGUCCUUAGUCCCAGAUUGCAUCAGGGAGGCUACCCUGCUGCUGCCGCCGCCGCCGCCGCCUACCGCUACGCUCAGCCUGCAGCCGUAACUGGAGCGACCGCCGCAGCUGCCGCCUACAGUGACAGUUAUGGCCGGGUUUACACCACAGAUCCAUACCAUGCUUUAACCCCGGCUGCUGCUGCUUACGGUGUGGGAGCCAUGGCCAGUUUAUACCGGGCAGGAUACAGUAGGUUCGCUCCGUACUAAGAGCCACAAAUCACACCCAAGGAAUUUCACAUUGCUCCAAAACACUUUUUCAAGCUCUUUGUUUGGCAGGAGCUCCCUUUCAGUUUUCUGCAGGUGGACUAAAGUGACAGCUCCUUUGUUUUUCUCCUCCUUCUUGUUCUUUUUUUUUUUUUUCAUUUUUCUUUUUGUGGCCAGGGAGGUCAACGCCACAUCAUCAACUCAAAAUUCCAUUUCUGUACACUUCUGUCUGUCACUGACAUGGAAACAAUGGGAAAGAAACAACCACCAGGAGCAUCUCCCACAUAAAAAGCUGGAGCCUACUUCUCUGAUCCACGUGGCACAAUUUAGGAUGUUUUUUUUGUUUGUUUUUUUUAGAAACACUAUGGGACCUGGAAGUAGAGAGACUAUUGUUCCUGUCUGAUCCUGAACACUACAAACCUUUUUCCUAAGAGUCUCUGAACUCACGAUAUAUCCACUGCCCUAUAAGACCUAAAUCAGACGCACAUACUCAAGCGUAACGUUCUUCAGCACCAAGUAUACACUUUCCUCUAGUUUACAUUUACCUUUUUGUGUUGACCCGCACAGAAUGACAGAAAUGCCACAGCACAGCAUUACGUAAAGAAGGUACUUUAGGUUUUUAAACACUACAUUAAUGUAAAGCUAUGCUCUCACAGAAGACACGCCCCUCUGGCUUAUCAUUGUGGUGUAAAAAUGGAGAGAAAAAAGAAAGAAUCAAAUUCUUGACUGCUCCAUACAGAAGACGUGGGGAAACAUCCCCGUGUUUUUGUAAAGCUGGGACACCGAACAUUCAGCUGGAGGCAACCUGGGAGCGUCUGACUGACAGAAACCACUGUUGCCCCGGUAACGGCAAACUAGAAACCACACUACACUGGGGGGGAGAAAAAAUGUUUUUGUCGUUUUUCAAUAUGUCUCAAGUUUUCUCCAAGUUUUCUCCAAGUUUAAAAGGAAACACACACAAAUUGACAAAAACAAGUGUGAAAAAGACAAGGAAAAAAACAUCUGUUAAUUCUGCAUUACCUCAUUCAUAUAUAUGUAUAUAUAUACAUACAUACAUAUAUAUGUGUAUAUGAAAUGUGUCCAUUACUUUCAGAGACGGAGCCGUUCAUGAGUCCGUCACCUCAUAUUUCUUUUGUUACAAUUAGCGCAACACUAAAAGCAGACAAAGCCUUUUUUUUUUAGCCGCGAUCCGACUCGUCCAUUUUGAAUAUCCGGUGCUCUCCGCCUCAAAAAUUCGACCAUGAUCUGCUACGAGGUCCUUCUUCUCAAAAAGAGGACCCAGUCUAUUUCUCUCCUCUGCACCCAGUCAUCAGACAUUCCAGCAGCGUUUGCAGGGAAUGAACGCUUCGCGUGGACGUGGGUCGCAAAACACGGAUGAACUAGAUUUAGCAGAAGCGGGCGUGAGGUGGGAACGCCGCAGAAUCCUCUGCCAGUCAGCCAAACGGGAAUAUCCCUCCUGGACAGCUGAGAUAUUUAUGCCCGCAGGCUUCAGUUAGAGCAGCUCUCGUGUGUGUGUGUGCGUGUGCAUGUGUGUGUGUGUGUGUGUGUGUGGGAACACUGUCUGAUCUCAAUCCGGCAGAACAGCAGAUCCCUGCAGAACCGCCCAGAUUAGAACACAGUCGGGGCGACGUUGAGACAAAAGACUUCGCACUCAUGUAACAAAACCUUGAAGUAACGAGAAGUUUCUAUUUAUAUGCAUAGUUUUCACUAGUUGUCCACAUCAUUUUGUAAUUUUUAAAUCCUGCAUCAUGAGAGUUUUAAAGUUCUCUUUACCGGUUUGUCUGAAGGCGUCACGUGAAGACUUGACCCAAGUCUCUGUCCUAUGUAUUUCACCUCCAUAUACUCCUACUAUGUUGUUAUUGCUAUUCAUUUGCCUUUUUUGGUUCCAAAGAUUUCUCUGAAAGAAAGCACAUUUCUGGUCCUGAUGUACUUCUUCUUAUGUUUGUGCUUGAUUUUCUUUUCUUUUCUUUUCCCUCUGUGGGUUGACGCUGUGUUCCAUCACUAACCGUGUGGAAACAGCACCAGGGGAAGCUCCAAAAAAGAUGAAAAAACAUUUGAAAGAUUGCUGCAUUUUGGGGUUUUCUGAAAUCCGAUUGGCUCUAGACACUUAUUUAUUGUCUCUUGCUUUUUAAAAACAGUAUAUAUAUACAUAUAAAUUAAAUACACAGCCACGCAGAGACAGGAUUUGCUGCAGAUGAGAUGGAAUCAUGAGGGACACGUACAGAGAAACGGAGGCAGUGGUGUGAGGAUGUUAUGAAUUGCAUUUUGCCAGCAGGUCCAAAUGACACGCAGGAGUAAAUGUGGGAGAGACGUCCACACAAUGUCAAAAAGGACCCCGUGUCCCAGCAGUGGCCACCAUUUGAACAAUGUGUGGGUUAGUUGUCAGGGGACAGUGGGGACAGUGAUGGUGAAGGUGACGAGCUGAGCCGUUUAUCAUCAGCUGACGGCAGAACAACGUCCCCCUACUGUCGCUUUAUUUGAGGUCUUUCCCGUGUGCUCAGGGUGCAGCGGACAGUGUGAGGAGGGCUAAUGUUGUUUUUGUAUGAUUGUGAAAACUGUGUGCAGUAGGUCCAUUAAGUAUUUUCAAAUGCUCAUACCUCUUCUUUUUUUUCUUUUGUUUGUUGUCUUAUUAUCCCUUACAAGUAUUAUCAUAAGUGUUGCUAUGCAUGCUUUUGUGAGCGAGGAAAAAGGCGUCAGUCAGGAUCUUUUUUCAUUUGUUUAUGAAUUCAAAUCAAAGUGCUGGAGGAGGAGGAGGAGGAGGAGGAGGAGGAAUGUGGGGGUGCUUGUGUAGCAGAGGAGAGGAGAAAGUACCCGGAAGUUAAGUGAUGUCAGGAGGUAACGGAGGUGUAGGGCUGGGUAUUGAUUCAAAAUCUCCACUAUGGUAUUGAUAUCUGCAUAUUGAUGUCAUCCAUCCAUCUUCUACCGCUUUAUCCUUUUUGAUACUAAUUUUAUUCAAUUCGUUUUAGCAAAAACAUGACAUGACACAUUACUCAUGUAAGAGUCUUUAGUUUUAGUCUUGUAGUGGAACACGGUGCAGCAGCAGCAGCAGCAACAGCAGCAGCAGCAGCAGCAGCAGCAGCAGCGCUCCACUCUCUCUGUUCUCAUAUGUAUUCCCUGCACUUUAGGUUUUCUUGAAGUACCUUCGUUCAGUGAACAAGCACCAGCCUCUCACACACACACACACACACACACUCGUCUUCUGUGAGAUGUUGUCAUACAGCAUGCUGCAUGCUUAUUGGCUCACUGACACUGACACUACAUGGGUACUGAAGUUUGAUGUGGAAUGACGAUAGAAUCUUUUGAUCCGAGUUCAAUACCCAGCUCUACGGAGUCGUCUCAGUGAAGAGUUUCUCUUCAGGGUUUGUGGCUGGGGAGGUGAAGAGGAGGCUUCGUGGAAGCUGAUUUAGUCCACUCCUGCUCUGCGCCUCCUCGGUCGUCAUGAUAAUCACCAGUCACAUCAGAUGUGUAAAUUCUAAUUUGGUGUGUCUGGACCUGCGCGGGGUUGCUUUUAUAAUGACGGUAAAUGAGCGAUAACCCUGCCUGCAGCUCGUCUCGUGUUUCAGCACAGAGACGAGGCUGCUGAUGCAUAAGCAGCAGCAGCAGCAGCAGCAGCAGCAGCAGCAGCAGUGCAUUUAUUGAGAGAGAUGCUCUUUUUUUUUUUUGCAACAUCUCCACCUCGCUCGUCCAGUCGGCAGACGCCGGCAUUGUCGGGGUGUAAUGGUUAUCGAGCAGCUGCAGGUUCCCUCGGCUUGUUUUCGUCUCCUCUAAUUUGAGUAAAUCUUAUUUUAUGAGGCUGCAAAAAAAAAAAGCCACAGCGGAGGUUUGAUGCUGGAAGGACGCGGAGGCAGAGGCUCUCCUCGGCCGCUGACACCGACUCCCUGCACUGUGCCCCCAAGUCAACCCAGUGGGAGUUUUUGUACAGGGGAUUUAAUAAAUGGGUUUAAAUUGCAUGUGGAGGCUUUUUUUUUUUUUUUUUUAAAUGUCACAUGCUCCUAAAAACUCGUUUAUCCAAGUGAUUUUUUCCCCAAUAAGUGACAUGUAUUUUCUCACAAUGUUUUAUUUUGCCACCCUUGUGUCUGCCUUCUGUUUAUUCUCUUCAUUAUUAUUGAAUGUAUAUAAUAAAUAAACUGUUUGGUUUUUA